UAAGUAAGUCAUUCUCAUAAAUCAGAUUGUUAUCAAUACAACCAAACUCUCGCAAGUGAUGUCCUCCCCAAAUGCAUUCAACAUCGAUUCAGUCGCAUUUAUACCAUGGUGAAAGUGACUGACUACAAUAGGAGGGACGUGUUGGUUCUUCUUCACACGAAGCCAGCAAUAUCUGUAGCGCAAAAUGCAUCCAAGCAGGAGAAAGACGAACAGACUGAACUGUAUCUUCAAAACUUAAUUACCACCUACGAAGGGUGGAAAAGGUAUUGUGCCACGGAGGGUCUAUCAAUUCGACCAAUCCCCAAAUGUAUAUUAUUACACCACUUUUCCAACGAAGGCGAGGCUCUAAGGAUGCUGUCAUUUGAAUCGACCAUCGGUAUGUUUAUGAAACUGGCCUCCGGAUCUCAACCCAUCAUCAAUUUGGAUAAUUUGAUCCCCUUGUGUUACGGCAUGGAGAGUGAGAUCGAUGCGCGACUAAAGGAGUUGGGUAUGGAGCUCAAGAUUCGUCGCCACUUAACACCGACGGAGAGGAAGAAGGUCAAGUACCCAUUUCAGGGAGAAUAUCUUCUUGGAACAGUAGGGGCAACACAACAGCAAGAGGAGAAAGGGAAGACCUUUUUGUAUACCAUCAUGAGUCGAGAUAUGUGGUAUUUCGGCUGGAGCAACACCCCCGAUUUCAAAAAGCGCUUGGACUCAGCAGGGGGGACUGAUGGUGCUAGGGAGUACAAACGCAUUACAGAUAAGAGACAGAAAGAUAGGCAAUUGGAGAUCGAGGGACUGAAACAGAGAAAUAGAGAGUUAGGUGAAGUAGAGGAGUUAUGCAUCUAUCCACCCCCACUGAAGGCUCCUACUAUCAUCCCCUAUCUUGUCGCCAAAUGUGAGGAUGACGAUAAGAAGACCAUCAAGACCAGAACCAUCGAAGCUAAGAUGAUAAUAGCUGGAUAUGUUGCAUACUUGUUGGGAUUGCGUAAUCCUAUUCGUCCUAAGUCUGAUAUAGGUUACUCUGUUAAUAAAUGUGUAUCUAUUAGUUUAGCCGAUUCUACUUCAUGGGGCGAAAUUUGUGAAUUUGUGAAGUUAUUCUGGGGAUUUGAACCAAUGUUGGAAAAAUACGAAGGAAGUUAAAUUUUGCUAAUGUUAUACACGUCUACUUCAAAUAAAAGUUGUAAUCUAUCUUUUCUCAUCACAAUUUAA